AUGGCUGCUGCAGGCAGAUCCAGCAUAUGGAUGCUGACCGCCUUCCUGCUCCUAGUUCCAAGCAGUGGGCAAGCUGCCACUCUGGAGAAGCCCAUACUGUCCUUACACCCACCUUGGACUACGAUCUUCAAGGGGGAGCGGGUGACCCUGCGCUGUGAUGGAUACCAUCCUCUGCUGCUGGAACUCCGGCCUGUCAACACCCUCUGGUACUUGGGUCACCUCCUCCUGCCCUCCCACAAGAAGAGCAUUGAGGUGCAGACACCAGGAGUAUAUCGAUGCCAAACACGGGGAGCCCCUGUCAGUGAUCCCAUCCAUCUCUCUGUAUCCAAUGAUUGGCUGAUCCUCCAAGUGCCCUACACCACGGUCUUCGAGGGUGAGCCGCUGGUCAUGCGCUGCCGCGGCUGGUACGACAAGGUCGUCUACAAGCUCCACUACUACCACGACGGCCAAGCUGUGCGCUACUUCCACUCCAGCACUAACUACACUGUGCUGCAGGCGCGCGCCAGCGACAGCGGCCGCUACCAGUGCUCCGGCACCAUGCGUAUCCCUGUGGAGAGCGCGCCUAUGUUCUCUGCAAAGGUGGCCGUGACCGUGCAAGAGCUGUUCCAGACGCCGGUGCUGAGCAUGCCGGGCUGGCGGGAGGCGCGCGGGGCGGCCCGCGGCGCCGUGGUGCUGCGCUGCGAAACGCGCCUGCACCCGCAGAAGCGCGACACGCCGCUGCAGUUCGCCUUCUACAAGUACAGCCGCGCCGUGCGCCGCUUCGACUGGACCGCCGAGUACACGGUCCCCGAGCCGGAGGUCGACGAGUUGGAGUCGUACUGGUGCGAGGUGGCCACCACCAGCCGCAGCGUCCGCAAGCGCAGCCCCUGGCUGCAGCUCCCGGGGCGCGGUUCAUCCCUGGAUCUGGCGCCCAGCACCGCGCCGGCCCUGCAGGCCGCAGCCUUGGCUCCAGGAGACAAGCCGCUUUCCUUCCGAAAGCCCCCCGUGUCCAGGUCGGUCCCGUCGGAGACCUCGGUGGCGAACACCACUUCAGCUGGCCUGCGCCAGGCCGGCAGCGCCCCUACGGCUGGGCCGCCCGCCUGCUCUCCGCCGACGCCCCUGGACGCAGCGGCCAAUGGCGCCCUGAAAACCGACGUGGACCUUCUGCUCCGAGAAAUGCAGCUGCUCAAAAGCCUUUUGAACAGGGUGGUCUUAAAAUUCAAGGAACCACAGCCCGACCCAGAGCUCGGGGGAAUCCCCGGGCUCCCCACUUCCGACUUGGCUGAGAGCCCGGCAGCCCCAGAGACCGCUCCUGUGGAGAGUUGA